CUAGGUGACGCUGCGGCAGCCGCGUCGGCGCUCGAUUGAGCGGGACUGGGAAACGUUCCCAGACGGCCGCGCGCUGCAGGCUCCGGUAGCUGUCAUGGCGGGCUUGCUGAAGAAGACUACUGGCCUUGUGGGAUUGGCGGUGUGCGACACUCCACACGAGAGGCUCACAAUACUGUACACAAAGAUUCUUGACCUCCUGAAGCACUUCCCUCAACAUGCCGCCUACAGAAAGUACACAGAGCAGAUCACCAGUGAGAAGCUGGACAUGGUCAAAGCGGAGCCAGAUGUUAAAAAAUUAGAAGAUUUGCUUCAGGGUGGUGAAGUGGAAGAGGUGAUUCUUCAGGCUGAAAAUGAACUAAGUCUGGCAAGGAAAAUGCUGCAGUGGAAGCCGUGGGAGCCGCUGGUGGAAGAGCCUCCUGCUGACCAGUGGAAGUGGCCCAUAUGAUCAGUGUCUGAUGGCUGAUGCAAAUUUAAUGUGCAAUUAAAUUUUCUGCGCUAAA